AUGGUCCGCCUUUCCGUCUUCGGCAGCGUCGCGCUGUUCGCCUUAUUCCAGGCCGCCUACACCGCGCCCGCGCCUGCGCCUGAGUUCGAGAACGUGGCAGCGGCCCUCGAAGAUGCGAAGAAGCACAGCACCACCACCAGCAUCAUUGUUCCCCCGCCCACCCACUUGAAACACCAUCAUCACAAGGCGACCACCACGAGCUCUUCGGUGCACAAGGCCAAGAAGACGAAGAAGGGCAAGAAGGGCAAGAAGCCGCACAAGACCACUUCCACCGACAAACCCAAGAAGACCAAGUCCUCCUCGUCCACUGGAAAGCCGAAGAAGACUUCCACCACUUCCAUCUCCACCACCUCCACUUCUACCCCGACCACCUCUACGCCCACCUCCACCUCGUCGUCGACUGAGAAGGGAAAGCCUACGAAGACCACCUCCUCCUCGACCUCCUCCUCGACUGGAAAGCCCAAGAAAACCUCGACCAAGAAGCCCAAGAAGACCACCGACACCCUCAGCUCCAUCAUCUCCACCCUCACUCACCCCCACACCACCAUCACUGUGACCCCGACCGUCACUCCCACCGUCACCGUCUAA